CGCCCGAAGGCGCCAUGCUGUUGUCAAGAUAUAGGUUGUGUACCGAUACAAUCAGUUCUUUCCGAUAACUCGAUUAUCUCGAUCUAUCGAUAAUCGUGCGUAUGGGCACUGGGCAAUGAAGCCCAAGUCGGCACUGCGGAGACUCGUGUUCAUGAACCACGGCUUUCACCAUCAUUCAACCGACUUGCCGCGAUGCCUACGUGCGAUCACGUUCCGCGCUGAAGACCGAAAUUACGGGCUUCCUUCUCCAUGCUCAAUAAGAUAUUUGCCUCACUUCAUCCGGUAUAUUCGGGGGAGCCUGCGAAAACGGUGUUCUGAUUUUCCGUACAGGAAGUCCUUUAUAACGGGCACACGAUCAGUCGCCUGUAGCUGUCUGCUGACACCUUUCUUUCUCUGCCCAUCUUGCCUCGGCUCUCGUUGUGGAGCUAGAUCGUAUCAUCUAUGGAGGACGUGGAGAAGCAAGCGGACUGCUCGUCGUUUCGAGGGCCCAGCAUUGAGACGACUGCAUAUGAAAACCUCAAUCGACACAGUGCUUUGCAACCUCCUAACGCGCUUUUACUGCCCACAAACAUGGAAAAACGAGAGGGAGGAUGGGCUGGUUGGUUGGCUGUCUUCGGAGCAUUUCUGGCCCUUUUCUGCUCGUUCGGUCACAUGAAUGCUUUCGGAACAUAUCAGUCGUGGUAUUCGAAUCAUCAGCUUUCUAGUCAUUCGCAAUUCAGUAUUUCUUGGGUCGGAUCCCUUCAGCUAUGGACUUUCUUCUUCAUGGGAGGACCCAUAGGACGCCUCUUUGACGCCUACGGGCCGUCGCCCGUCAUGCUCUUCGGGACAUUGCUAUUGGUUUUCAGCACAUUGAUGACAAGCAUCUCCAGAAAGUAUUAUGAAUUCUUAUUGUUCCAAGGCUUCUUCUUUGGCCUUAGUGCUGCAUCACUCUUCUAUCCCUCUUUAGCAGCGGUAUCUACUCACUUUUAUAAGUACCGUGCAUCGGCUCUUGGUAUUGCAGCUGCUGGCUCUGGUGUUGGUGGUGUUAUUUAUCCCAUUGUGCUCCGCCAACUCUUCUUGCGCAUUGGUUAUGCAUGGGCGGUCAGAGCAUCGGCGUUACUUUCUGCGGCAUGUUGUGUUGUAGCCCUUGUUACCGUAAAGAAAGAGGGUUGUAAGAAAUGCUCUGGGUGGAUAGGUAUCAAGAUGUUCAAGGAUGCAUGCUUCAUGCUGCUCGCUACUGGAUCCUUCUUUAUCUGCCUCGGUAUAUAUACACCAUUCUUCUACAUCGUAAGCUACGCCGAGGAUCGAGCACUGGUUUCUCAGAAUACUGCGUUUUACGUUCUGUCAGUAAUGAAUGCUGGAGGCGUAUUUGGCCGCAUUAUUCCCGCGAUCCUCUCCGACAAGAUGGGGCGAUUCAACCUCCUUAUACCCACCUCCUUCUCGGCAGGCCUCUCGUGCCUCAUCUUUUGGAUGCUUGCAAAGACGAUGAUCGCUGUGAUGGGUUUUGCGGCGGUAUAUGGUUUUCUAUCCGGUGCAUUCAUAUCCGUCGUUACUCCGUGCGUCGCACAGAUAUCAGAUAUAAAAGAAAUUGGGUCUCGAAUAGGUGCACUGUAUACACUUAUAUCCAUCCCCUCGCUUGUCGGUGGACCCAUCGCAGGAGCUCUUAUUCAAUCCCAGAAUGGUUCAUACAUGGGAAUGAUUGGGCUAUCGGGAUCAAGCAUCAUCAUCGGGUCAUUGUUUAUUCUAGCUUGCAGGCUCAAGAUAAACCGAAACAUCUGCGUAAGAGUGUAGCGAGUCGCAUGCAUGCAACCCUCGUAUCCUUAUUUUCUAAGUUUUGCGACUGGGAAAAUUGCGCUUUGGGUCUUGCAAUGCUAUGUAUGGUGUAAUUAUUUUGUAUUUUUAUCGUAUGCGGAAUGCACAAGGUCCAGGCCUAGAGUCCCAAUAUUCGGAGGAUAUUACGUACGUAUCUGUCUUGAGUGUGAACAUGCAAGACACGAGUUG